AUGACCUCGACCAGUGCCGCGGUUGCUGCAAUACGACAUCUGAAUCGACGAAAGCAAUUUCCUGUAGAGUUCAAAAGUGUCUUGCUCGCUUGCGAUACGGACUCCCUUGGUUUAUGUCGUUGGAUUCAACGCUAUAGGCGAGGUGAGCUACCUCGCACCACGACGUCUCGUGAUGUUGCGAAGUAUUUCGACGCAGAAACGUUUCCCGGGGGUUCCUCUCGCGACCUGUUCUCAGGCAAGUUCUCGUGUUCCUCGCCAUCACUUACCACAUACAAUCCCGCCGAGGAACCUCAAUUCACCGUUUUAGGGGCUCCAGAGGCGGGAGAAGUGGCUGGGAAGGUAGAUCCUGGUGAAUCUAUCACCCACCUUCCAAUUUCGUUGGAAUCUUUGGCUCGUUUUGUGGAAUACACGGCGAGGUCUAUGAGUGUUCAACGGAAUGCAAGCAAUGUGGAUCGGGUGAACCUGCUUCAGAUUCAAAGUGGUAACUGUGAUAUUCACCCUUCACUAAGCGAAUGCAUAAAGCUUCUUCUGCCCCCGCGGAGCGUGGAUUUAAUGAUUGUGGAUUUUCCGCAACGAAAACCAGCCGCCUUUAUGCACGACUCGUUGGUUGUGAGCUCCUUUCUUCUUUCGUCGAAUAGCUCUUUGCUGUUCGUGUGCUCUUCAGACAAGUCUGAUCAUAACUAUGAUGCGUUUACCGAAGGGGCUUUGAGGCGGUUUGCGAAGCUCAAAUUUCGAGAAUCCUGUUGGAGGCAUCUGAGCGAAGGAGGAGGAGGAGCGAGGUACUUUUAUGGCACCUCUAUCGCUGGCGUGGAGGUGGGCCGCGCGGUUGAUCGGAGCGACUUUCCUGGGUUUUUACCUAAAGGAAAGAAGCGCGUGCGGAGGUGGAACCCUUAUGAGCGACACAAGUUUAAUUACUUUGAAUUUCUUGGACCUUCUUUUGCUACGGCUCGUUAUACGAGAGAGUCAUUUCAAGACAUGUUAAACCAAAAGAAAGAGGAGGAAGAGACGUUGACAAAGAAGAGCGAGGAACUUUUUGAGGUGUCUUUUGAAAUGGUCGAAAAGCAGUCGUUUUAUUCAAAGCGUGAUGACUAA